CGAGGCUUCAAUUCAACCUUGGCCAUAGUUCACAACUGCCAAAACGCAGAAAGCAUGUCAAUACCAGGCAUACCAGGCAUUCCCGGUCUUGGGCAGGCCCCAGCAGCUGUAAGUUUCUUUCUUUGCACCAAGAUUCUUUGGAUUGAUGUCUAACUCAAGCUAGGCCUCUUUCGCUGCUCCCACAGCUACCUCGUCUGUAGUUCUCCACGAGCUACAAGCAAAUUCAGAAUGGAGAUUUGAAGUCGCAUUUGGAAGGAGUAUCGAAGUAAAGGUGAUACUCUUUCAAACUUCUCAGUGUAUUUCAAAGCUAAUAAAUCUCUAAGCUUCUGUCCGGAACCGCAGAAAUCUUUGGGACCGAGCUGGCAGAGAAACACGCCUACACCUUUCGCGGAACCAAAGCCUCAAUAUUCACAUGGCACGGAUGCAGACUUGAAGUCCCAGGAACAUGCGAGGAAUACACAGCAGAAGAUACGCCUAUGGUACCAUAUGUCAACACCCAUUUCGCACUCGAGAAGCUACGAGAUGAAGCAGCACAGAACAAAGGAGAGGGACCCCGAGUCCUAGUCGUAGGACCAAACAAUGCCGGGAAAACGAGUCUAGUAAAAAUACUAGCAGGCUACGCAAUCCGCAUGGAGCGUCAACCAAUGGUAAUAAAUACCGAUAAUAGGGAAGGAUUAUUGUCGAUUCCUGGGAGCUUGACAGCUACACCGUUUGCCUCGAUUAUAGAUGUGGAACAGGGAUGGGGGAGUAGUCCUACGAGUGGUCCAAGUCCGGUGCCGGUGAAGCUACCUCUGUGUUACUACUACGGAUUACCUAGUCCAGAAGAUAAUACAAAAAUGUUCAAAUCUGUUGUGACGAGGUUGGCGUUAGCUGCGACAAGUAGACUAGCAGCCGAUCCAGCUGUGAAAGAGACGGGGAUGAUUAUUGAUACCCCUGGGGUCCUAAGUCAAGGAAAGGAGGGCUAUGAUCUGAUAUCACAUAUUGUGAUGGAAUUCUCGGGUAAGUGAGGUUCAGACCUCCUUCCUCGGGACAUUUGCUAAACGGAUACAUCAGUGAACAUCAUUCUGGUUCUAGGUUCAGAGAGACUGUACAGUGAGAUGAAUCGUCGAUUCGCAAGUAACACAACUCCUGGUCAAGCUGUUACGGUAGUAAAGCUAGAUAAGUCAGGUGGAUGCGUUGACAGAGACGAUGCGUUCAUGCGACAAACACAAGAAUUAGCAAUCCGAGAAUACUUCUUCGGAGAUUCAAAAAGAACACUAAGUCCACACACCCAAAACGUCAAUUUCGACGACAUAACCAUCUACCGAAUCCGAGAAUGUAAGCAUUCCCCUUCCCCCUCACCCAUCCCACGCUCCUCAACCUAACAACCCCCAGCAUCCUCAACACACAUCUCCUUCCUCUCAGGCGACUCCACAGAACUCGACCCCAGCUCCUCAGAAAUCUACGAAAAAGUCUCACCCACCGGUCUCCUUCUCCACUGCAUCUUCGCCGUCAUGUACGCCACGCUGCGCGACACGCAGGAGACGAUCCGCGACGCGAGCGUGAUGGGGUUCGUCUAUGUCGCCGAGGUGGAUGAGAAGAAGCGACGGUUGAAGAUUUUGGCGCCGUUGAAUACGAGGAUUACUGAUCGACCGAUGGUUUGGGGGACGUGGCCGGAGAGUAGUGUUAGUUUGAUUUAGAGAGGGGG